UUGUAGACCUGGAAGACCACCUAAGAGAGCAGCCCCCAUGAUGGGGGUUCUGUCAACCUCGACCAGUCUUCUCAAGAAAGGCCGUCUCGACGGUGAAUACCACGGUUACAAGGACGGUCACCUGAACGGGGACCGUUUAGGCAAAGUUUCUUUCUUACACAACGGUUACAACCAGAUGGUGGCACAAGCGGCGGCAGCGGCAGCAGCGGCGGCGGCGGCAACUGGGACUUCCUCUCACAUCAGCCCUUUGCCUUUUAUGGCAUUGAACCACCAGGUGUCUCACCAUAGCAUGAUUUCAACUAGUGCACCUAGUCAUACCCAAACUGAUCGAAUUGAUGGCACUGGCGUCGGCGAGAGAUCCGGAAAAAUAUCCGACGACUACGUCACAAACAGAAUCCGAGAUGAUCCACCCCAGAGCGGAGAGCUUCGAGAACGUCUCUACGGACAAGAAAGUUACAAAUCGACAAAUACCAUCACCCAGAGUGGAAAGAUUGUUAAUGGGCACAGUCCUGUGUUAAACCUGUCUCAGCACAGCAGCCGAGCUGUUGUCUACAGCGCCACUGGUAACGGCGGUAAAAAUGAAAGUGAUGAUGCGUACAAUGACCGUAUGGAUGAUGACGACAGUGAGGACGAGGGUGAUGACCAAGACCACGAUUUCAGUGACACCCCGGAUGUAAGCAGCACCGCAAACACAGACCAUCUUUCGGCUCAGAAUGCGCUAUUCUUUUCCAGUUUGACCGGCAGCAGUGGCGCCACCGUGGGACAAGCCAUGUCCUCGAUAGAGACUCUACUGAGAAAUAUUCAGGGGUUGCUGAAAGUGGCUGCAGACAACGCUAGACAACAAGAAAGACAAAUAAAUAUAGAAAAAGCUGAACUAAAAAUGGAAGUAAUGCGGGAAAGAGAACUUCGAGAAAAUCUGGAAAAACAAAUUCUUGAAGAACAGAAGACAAAAGUUCUCUAUCAGAAGAGACUAAGGAAAGAAAGACGAUCUCGCAGAAGAGUCCAGGAACAACUAGAAGCAGAAGUAAAAAAACGCUCGAACUGUGAGGGCAACUUCCACACCAACCCAGCAGAAGCCCUUAGAAUUUUGAACGAAUCUCUACCACAAGAUUUGGACAGGGACCAUAUGGGACGCCUAGAGGAAGAAUGCAAAGACCAAGAUCUCCCUCUUUCCCUGGUUGCCUCUACGACGACUCCAGACUCUAGUCCUUCCAUCAGGUAACCAUAGCAACCCUAAUUAAUGAAGUUAUUUAACCUCAUAAGAACUUGUGAAUGUCUUGAUUUAAUCCGUUUAGCUCCAGUAAAAGACCCCAUAGAGU